AUGGUCACGAUAAGCAUCCUUAUUUACAUGUUGCUUACCGUAUUACUGAAGGCCGCCAGUGUACGAAUAUUAGAAGAGAAACCGCGAUUACCUGUACAAACAAAUUUAUUAGCUAGAAAGAAAGCUGCUGAGGCCCACAAAGAGAUAUGUGAAGUUUAUGGUGUUGAUUGCAUAACAGAUCGCACGUGUCAGAAUUGGUUUAAAAAAUUCCGUUCUGGAGAUUUUUCACUCAAAGAUGACCAACGUUCUGGUCGACCUACUGAAGUUGAUGAUGACCAAAUCAAAGCCAUAAUUGAAGAGGAUCGUCACAUAACUGUUCGAGGGAUUGCAGAGAGGUUAAAUGUAUCGCAUACAACAAUUGUCAACAAUCUCAAGCGCAAUGAAGCCGAUCCUUUUUUGAAACGUAUCAUCACGGGUGAUGAAAAAUGGGUCAUGUACAGUAACAUUAUUCGAAAACGAUCAUGGUCCAAGCGUGAUGAACCAGCACAAUCCACAUCUAAAGCUGAAUUGCAUCAAAAAAAGGUCAUGUUGUCAAUUUGGUGGGACUACAAAGGUGUUGUGUAUUUUGAGUUGCUUCCAAGAAACCAGACGAUCAAUUCAGAUGUUUACUGUCAACAACUAUUGAAACUGGAUGAAGCAAUAAAAGAAAAACGGCCAGAAUUGGCAAAUCGCAAAGGAAUUGUGUUCCACCAUGAUAAUGCAAGGCCUCACACAUCUUUAGUAACUCGUGGGAAAUUACUGGAGCUUGGUUGGGAAGUGAUGUAA